AUGCUGAGCUGCGGUGCAAGUACUGUUGGUAAAGGGAAGAAAACUGGUAACAACACCAUCAAAGUGAUCGGUAUGGUUGAUGAUGAUGAAUUUGUAUUGAAGCACGUAGAAGCACUUGCAGCAACUUAUGAAGGUAACUCAGAGACGGGAAAUCUGGUGCAUGAUAAGUCCAAGGAUCAAGAUAAGAGCGGAGAAGCUAUUGAAGCAGGUUGUGGAGUCAAUCCGGCUUCUGCCAUUGUCGCUCAACAAAACCGUAACAAACAAGAUAAAGAAAAUAACAAUAGAGAAGAUAUGGUAGUGGAUGAGAGGAAAAUAAGUAAGGAAGAUGACGUGCGAGAAGAUGAAGAUGGCGAUUAUGACUAUAAUGGCUGGCAUGAUUUUGUUCGAAAUGGCUUUGUGAGAGAUAACGAUGAAUAUAAUGAUGGAGGUCCAGAAAAAGGAGGGAGUCGUGGACAGCUUGAUCUUAAAGCUCGUCAGCGUUCUGAGGCGAGGGGUGGAAGAGGCCAAGGGUUUAGAAAACAAGCAUCUGGUCAAGGCGAAGGAUCAAGUGCUACAAGUGGACCUGGAUCAAGGAAUCAGCAUCGCAAGAGGAGACAUUCCAAAGACAAAACAAAUGAAGGAAGAGAUUAUAUAUCUACGUCCCAAACCAUUCGCAAUGGGUGCGAUGAAGAAACAAAAACCGGCGAAAGUAUUGAUGUUAUUCUUUUAAGUCCAUCCAAGCAUAACCACAAACAAAACCGUGUAAUCAAAGAUGAUGAUGAUUUUGUUGAUCCUCAUGUCACCCAAGUUACCCAAGUUCAAGGUGGAGAAGCAUUCAUGAAAGGGAUACAAAUUUUGGAAAUGUUUGGGUGUAAUGAAGAUACGGUCAAAAGUGUUGAUGUUGUUCUUGUAGUUCCACCCAAACAUAGCAGCGAACACAACUGUGUGAUCGAAUAUGAUAAUGAACUUGUUGAUCCUAUCCUCGUUGUUAGGUUGAGAGUAUAUGUAAGAGGCUCGUACGGUCUUGUACAUGGAACGUCGGUCUUGAAGAAUUGCAACAUUCUUCCUAUGGUCUCAGAAAACCCUACCACUAAAAUCGGCAUUUUUAGAAAGUUCAGGGAGUUCUUCCUCAAGGGUGUAAAUGCUGGAAAUAUUAACAUCGUCUACCAAGGAUGUCUCCACCUAAGCAUGAUGGCGGGGCUAAACGUAGCCAUCAAAGUGUUGCGUAUAAAUGUUCUAACCCACUCUGAGUCAACCCUUGCAUAUCUUGGCCAAGACAACCAAGCCAGAAAAGCCUUUCAUUAG